UUUCUUCCUCCUACCCCCCCCCCCCCCCCCUCUCCCCAGUCUCAAGUGCGUACUGGACUUGGUUGCCCGUUGUGGACAAUAUCUCCCAUUAUUCGCUCAGCGAACACACACAAUGGCACAUCUCAUUGCCUUGCUAGCACUCAGCAGCCUUGCCCUGGGGCAAAGCACCUUCGAUCCUCUCGACUUCAUUGAUCCGCUCAUCGGCUCAUCCAACGGAGGCAAUGUUUUCCCCGGUGCCUCCCUGCCUUACGGGAUGGCCAAGGCCGUUGCCGACACCAACAGCGGCAGUAACCAAGGCGGAUUUACUCUUGAUGAUUCCAACGUGACGGGAUUCUCCGUCAUGCACGACAGCGGGACCGGCGGCAGCCCGAGCUUGGGCAACUUCCCGCUGUUCCCCUACACAAACUGCCCCGGCGGCGACGUCGACAGAUGCGUGUUUCCGAAGAAGAGCAGGGCAAAAUUCGGCACCUUCAGCAACGUGUCGGCGCGGCCAGGCGAGUUUGGCAUCACCCUCAACAGCGGCAUCCGUGCCGACAUGACGACGACGCACCACACAGGGCUCUUCAGAUUCACGUUCCCGGAGCUUGGGGACGACGGAGAGCCGGCCCAGCCCCUGAUCCUCCAGGACCUGAGCGACCUCGCCGACACCCGCCAGGACAAUGCGACCGUGUCUGUGGAUGCCGAGACGGGGAGGAUCACAGGGACCGCCCGCUUCCUCCCAAGCUUCGGUAGCGGUAGUUUCGUGUUGCAUUUUUGCACCGACUUUUCCGGACCCGAAAUCCUGGACAACGGUAUCUUUGCGAACAGCCGAGCGAGCACGUCGGUCAAGGACCUGACGAUAUCGCGUUCCAUCAACGGCUAUCCUCUGCCCGGAGGAGCAUUUGUAAGGUUCAAGUCUGCCGCCGCACCCAUCCUGGUCCGGACCGCCGUCAGCUUCAUCAGUACCGCCCAGGCCUGCUCCCAUGCCGAGGCUGAGAUCCCGUCCUUUGACUUUGACGGCGUCGCCAAGGCCGCAACGGAGGCAUGGAGGGAGAAGCUCAGCCCAAUAAGGGUGUCCACCGAAGGCGUGGAUCCGUCAUUCGUAACCAACUUCUACAGCGGCAUCUACCGGACCAUGAUCAAUCCCCAGAACUAUACCGGGGAGAACCCCCUCUGGUCGAGCAGCGAACCGUACUUUGAUUCGUUCUAUUGUUUGUGGGAUUCCUUCCGGUCUCAGAUCCCAUUUCUCACCAUAGUGGACCCUUCAGCCGUGGGCCACAUGAUUCGUUCUCUCAUCGAUACGUAUGUCCACCAGGGCUGGCUCCCCGACUGCCGGAUGAGUCUCUGCAAGGGCUACACACAAGGGGGCUCGAACGCCGACGUUGUGCUCGUCGAUGCGUAUCUCAAGGGGAUUAAGGAGGGAAUCGACUGGGAAACCGGGUACGCAGCAGUCGUCAAGGACGCCGAAGUUGAACCGCUUGACUGGUCCAACGAAGGGCGAGGCGGGCUUGACAGCUGGAAGGCUCUGGGCUAUAUCCCCGUACAAGAUUUUGACUACAAGGGCUUCGGGACGAUGACGAGGAGCAUCUCGCGCACGCUCGAGUACAGCUACAACGACUUCUGCAUCUCUCAGAUGGCGGCGGGACUGGGGAAGACGGGCGACGUCGACAAGUACGUCGAGUCGAGCGGCAACUGGCAGAACCUGUACAAGCCGGACCAGCCCUCGGCUUUCUGGGACGGCACCGACACGGGAUUCCGCGGUUUCUUCCAGCCGCGUUUCUUGAACAGGACAUGGGGCUAUCAGGACCCUCUGAACUGCAGCAAUACAGACGACUUCAGCGUUUGCUCGCUGCAGAACACGGGCCCGGAGACCUUCGAGAGUAGUAUUUGGGAGUAUGGCUUUUUCGUCCCCCACGACCAAGCAACGCUCAUGACCCUGUAUGGCGGGCCGGCCGAGUUUGUCCGCCGGCUCGACUACCUCCACGACCACAACAUCACCUACAUCGGCAACGAGCCGGCCUUCCUGACCGUCUUCCAGUACCACUAUGCUGGGCGGCCGGGCCUGUCGGCGCGGCGGUCGCACACCUACAUCCCUGCCUUCUUCUCCCCCACGCCGGCGGGCCUGCCAGGCAACGACGACAGCGGUGCCAUGGGCUCCUUCCUCGCCUUCGCCAUGAUGGGCCUAUUCCCGAACCCGGGCCAGGACGUCUACCUCAUUACGGCGCCUUACUUCCCAGCCAUCAACAUCACCCACCCGACGACUGGCCGGACCGCCCGCGUCCGCACCGUCAACUUCGACUCGACCUACGAGGCCAUCUACGUGCAGAGCGCCACCCUCGACGGCGCCGACUACCGCCGCAACUGGCUGCCCCACAGCUUCUUCACCGAGGGCGGGGAGCUCGUCCUGACGCUGGGCAGGAACGAGAGCGACUGGGGCACCAGGGUCGAGGACCUGCCGCCCAGCCUCGGCACGUACGCCGGGUUUAACGGAACCUUCUCGUCCAAGAGGCUGGUCGGGCCUAGGGGCGCGAGGAAGUAUAGGGGCCAGUUUGGUGGGCUUGGGGGUGGGUUUGGGCUGUGA